CUUCUUUCUGUAUCUCUCCGACUUUGCUCUUUCCUGAAGGAACAUCGAUCCCUCUUCUCCGAUCUCCACUCCUUUUCCUCUCUCAAUCUGUACAUAUUUGUAUCUAAACCAUCAUCAUCAUCUUAUAUAUGUGCAGGUGUUUGUUUUUGCUUCUCCUUUGAAGGGUAGUCAAAGGCUUAUUGACGUUCACCCCGAAAUCUUUGUUUUUUUAAGAUUUUGGGCUUAAGAAACUUAGUUGCAAGGGCUGUUCAAGAGGAGAUUUAAGUUGAAUUUGAGCUCCUUGAUUCUCUGUUGGGAAAUCUGCAGGGAUGUCGGGUUACAAGGGAGUUCUUGUUUCCGAUCAAUGGCUUCACAGCCAGUUCACACAGGUUGAGCUCCGCAGUCUUAAGUCCAAGUUUGGUUCAAUAAAGAAUCAAAAUGGUGAAGUUACGUUUGGAGAUUUGCCACCUUUGAUGGUGAAGUUGAAGGCUUUUUGUACAACAUUCACAGAAGAGGAGAUUAGGAGCGUAUUGGGUGAGUCAUAUGGGGACAUGAGCAAUGAAAUUGAUUUUGAAACCUUCCUCAGGGCAUAUUUGAACUUGCAGAGUCAUGUUACAGCAAGGUCAGAUGGUCCAAAGGAUUCAUCUUUCCUGAAGGCCGCAACCACUACCCUCCUUCACACAAUCAGUGAAUCAGAAAAAGCAUCUUAUGUCAGGCACAUAAACAUCUACCUUGGGGAUGACCCAUUCUUAAAACAGUUUCUUCCUUUGGAUCCAGCUACAAAUGAUCUAUUCGAUCUUGCAAAAGAUGGUGUAUUAUUAUGUAAGCUUAUCAAUGUUGCUGUACCUGGAACAAUAGAUGAACGUGCUAUUAAUACAAAGAGGGUUCUUAACCCAUGGGAGAGGAAUGAGAACCAUACCCUCUGCCUGAACUCAGCAACGGCCAUUGGCUGCACAGUGGUAAACAUUGGCUGCCAGGAUUUGGUUGAAGGAAGGCCCCAUCUGGUACUUGGUUUGAUUUCCCAGAUUAUAAAGAUCCAACUGUUAGCAGAUCUCAAUCUUAAGAAGACACCUCAGCUUGUGGAAUUGGUGGAAGACAACAAUGAUGUUGAAGACCUCAUGGGAUUGGCACCUGAGAAGGUCUUACUAAAAUGGAUGAAUUUUCAUCUGAAAAAGGGAGGCUAUGACAAAACUGUUACAAAUUUUUCUUCAGAUUUGAAGGAUGCAAAGGCGUUUGCUUUCCUGCUUAAUGUGCUUGCCCCAGAACAUUGCAAUCCAUCUACAUUAGAUACCAAGGAUCCUACUGAAAAGGCCAAUAUGGUACUUGACCAUGCAGAGAAAAUGGGCUGCAAACGGUAUUUGUCCCCAAAAGACAUUGUUGAGGGUUCAUCGAACCUAAAUCUUGCCUUUGUGGCACAGAUAUUUCAUCAAAGGAGUGGCCUGAGUACAGACAGCAGAAAGAUUUCUUUUGCUGAGAGGAUGACAGAUGAUGCACAAACUUGUCGAGAUGAGAGAUGCUUUCGGCUCUGGAUCAACAGUCUGGGGAUUUCUAGUUAUGUUAAUAACGUCUUUGAGGAUGUCAGAAAUGGAUGGAUACUUCUUGAAGUGCUUGACAAAGUUUCCCCUGGAUUGGUUAACUGGAAGCAGGCAUCAAAACCUCCAAUCAAAAUGCCAUUCAGAAAAGUAGAAAACUGCAAUCAAGUUAUUAGAAUUGGGAAGCAGCUUAAGUUUUCCUUGGUUAAUGUUUGUGGAAAUGAUAUAGUACAAGGAAAUAAGAAGCUCAUAGUUGCUUUCCUGGGGCAGUUGAUGAGGUAUCAUAUGCUUCAACUUCUAAAGAGUUUGAGAUCCCAUUCCCGCAACCAAGGAAGGGAUGUAACUGAUGCGCAUAUCCUAAAUUGGGCAAACAUGAAAGUAAAAUGUUCUGGAAGAACUUCUCAAAUGGAAAGCUUUAAGGAUAAAAGCUUGUCCAAUGGAUUGUUUUUCCUUGCGCUUCUUAGCGCUGUGGAGCCAAGAGUAGUUAACUGGAACCUAGUAACCAAGGGUGAAAGUGAUGACGAGAAGAGGUUGAAUGCGACAUAUAUCAUUAGUGUCGCUAGGAAGCUUGGUUGUUCAAUUUUCUUGUUACCUGAGGACAUCAUGGAGGUGAACCCCAAGAUGAUCCUCUCACUGACCGCCAGCAUAAUGUAUUGGAGCAUUCAGCAAGCAAUAGAAGAUGGUGAGUCAUCUCCAUUCCCUCUUAACACACCAGAUGCAUCCCCAGCACCUUCCAUAAGCGGUGAAGAUGACACCUCCUCUCUGGGUGGCGAAAUCUCACACCUAACCAUUGAUGAUGCUGCCUCUGACACUACAGUCUCCUCACAAUUUGAGGACUAACUCAGUUGUGGAAUGAGGACAUGCAUGUUAUCAUAUCAGUUAAAGUGUGAAGUCCUUUAGUCCUCUCCCCAUGGGGAGGGAAAAAAGGAUGUACAUUUUACUCAAAACUCACAUAUCACAAGUUGGCACGGGAAAAAGAAGAACAAGAUGAAGGAUAUGAAAAACAGAAAGGAGAAAUUUUUUGAUCUGUUACGUUAUGCACAUAUUUUAUUUCUUUAUUAAAUUAUUCUUUCAACG